UCUUUACAUGUUCAUACUACAUGGACAGUAUUUUUAUAAUAGCUAGCUGUAUUUGUUUUAAUAAAUCAAAUUCCUAACCUUAUUUUUGUCUCAAAAAAAUUAACAUUACUCUUUACAGUCUUGUUAUGUACUAGUUUAAGGACUGGUAGGAUUAGCUUAAGAAAAACAUUUCAGCUUAGUUUUAUAUAUCUUACUCACUGCAAGAAAAUAAAACUGAGUCAGAGCAUUGUUUAUGAUCUAUCUCACCAUUAAAAGUAUAAACAAACUGUAGAUUAGAAAAUUAGUGGGAAAUCCCCAUGGGGUGUUGAAAAAUAGCCUUUUUUAGUUUUCCCACAGAAGAAUUAGUAAGACUGUUGUUUGUGGAAAUUUAUGAUGUAAUUUUCUAAGCCAAAAAAUUACUUUUGUUUUUCAGUAAAAUAUUUUUAGGAUGUUCCAUUUAAACACCUGUGAAGUAGACAUUCAUAUAAAUGAGUAAUCAUAACUAGAUCUUUACAACAUGUUUUUUUUGCAUACUUGUAAGUUUGUAGUCUAUUUUAUGGAUCUGUCAUAAAAACUUUUAAAUAUAAACACACAAAAGUAUAAAUGCGAGAUGCCAGUAACAUUGUGUUAUAUCUAGUACAUGUGUAUUUUUCAGCUACAAUUGAGUUCUCCAAAGAUUAUAAUAGGAUUUUUACCUUUAAAUGGCCAAGUUACUUCGAGCUGCUCCAACCCCCCCAAAACCUGCUCCAAAGCCAGGCCAAGUGAAGGUUGUACGUGCCCUGUAUCGCUAUUCUGCUCAGCAGCCAGAUGAGUUAUCUUUUGAAGAAGGUGAUAUUUUAUACAUUCUGGAUAUGAUCACCGACCCUAACUGGUGGAAGGCGAGUUGUGACGGGAAGGUAGGGCUGAUACCCAGUAAUUAUGUCGAAGAUAAUACAGAAGAAGUUUUUCAUCCUUUGCAUGAAGCUGCCAAACGUGGAAAUCUUAGCUUUCUCUUAGAUUGUCUUGCUAAUAAAGUUUCAGUGAAUGGAUUAGAUAAAGCUGGUUGUACCCCCUUACACUGGGCUGCACAUGGUGGGCAUGAAGACUGUGUGCAAGAGAUUCUUAGAGUACCGUCUGUACAAAUCAAUGUUCAGAACAAACUAGGAGACACCCCACUUCAUUCAGCAUCUUGGAGAGGUAGUGAUAAUAUUGUUAGACUUCUGCUUGAUAAUGGUGAGUUUUUAGUAGUAUUAAAUUAUGACUUCAUUUUAAUUCUUAAUCUAACUUGCAUUUGAGUACUGAUAAUCUAA